AUGGCUGAGGACUUAGACAAGCCAUUGCUGGAUCCUGGUACUUUCAACAGAGAAGGAAUUGACUUGGGUCUAUUGCCAUUGGAGGAGGUUUUUGAACACCUAAGAACAUCUCCUAGAGGACUUCUAUCUGAAGAAGCUAAAGAAAGAUUGAAGAUAUUUGGUCUUAACAGACUUGAAGAGAAACAGGAGAACAAGUUUCUGAAGUUCCUAGGCUUUAUGUGGAACCCGUUGUCAUGGGUUAUGGAAGCUGCAGCAUUGAUGGCCAUCGCCCUUGCAAAUAGUGAAAGACAAGGUCCUGACUGGGAAGACUUCGUUGGAAUCGUUUGUCUUUUACUGAUCAACGCAACAAUCAGCUUCUUUGAAGAAAAUAAUGCUGGGAAUGCUGCUGCAGCUCUCAUGGCUCGCUUGGCUCUAAAAACAAGAGUUCUUAGAGAUGGACAGUGGCAAGAGCAAGAUGCAUCUGUCUUGGUACCUGGUGAUAUAAUUAGCAUAAAGCUUGGAGAUAUCAUUCCUGCAGAUGCUCGCCUUCUUGAUGGAGACCCCUUGAAAAUUGAUCAGUCAGUGCUGACCGGGGAAUCGUUACCGGUGACCAAGAAGAAGGGUGAGCAAGUCUUCUCUGGCUCUACUUGUAAGCAAGGUGAAAUAGAAGCUGUUGUGAUAGCCACUGGUUCGAACACUUUCUUUGGUAAAACCGCAUGCUUGGUUGACAGCACAGAUGUAACUGGACAUCUUCAGCAGGUUCUUACAUCAAUAGGGAACUUCUGCAUAUGCUCUAUAGCUGUUGGAAUGGUUCUUGAAAUCAUUGUCAUGUUCCCUAUACAACACCGGUCCUACAGAGUUGGGAUCAAUAACCUUCUUGUACUACUUAUUGGAGGCAUACCCAUUGCCAUGCCCACUGUACUAUCUGUCACCCUUGCUAUUGGUUCUCAUAGACUUUCACAACAGGGUGCCAUUACAAAAAGGAUGACUGCAAUAGAAGAAAUGGCUGGGAUGGAUGUCCUCUGCUGUGACAAAACUGGAACUCUUACCUUGAACAGUCUUUCCGUUGAUAGAAAUCUCAUUGAGGUACAGUCAAGUACAUUUGCUUCCUUCUUUGUGUUGUCUAUUCAACUAAUCUUGUUGUUUAAUUGUGCACAGGUUUUCACUGACUACAUGGACAAAGACACAGUUUUGUUGCUUGCAGGCAGAGCUUCACGACUAGAGAAUCAGGAUGCUAUAGAUACAGCAAUUGUCAGCAUGCUUGCUGAUCCUAGAGAGGCUCGUGCCAACAUUAAAGAAGUCCAUUUCUUGCCUUUCAAUCCUGUGGACAAACGUACUGCAAUAACAUAUAUUGAUUCUGAUGGAAAAUGGUAUCGCGCUACCAAAGGAGCUCCUGAACAAGUUCUAAGCUUGUGUCAAGAUAAGAAUGAGAUUUCACAAAGAGUUUAUGCCAUUAUCAAUAGAUUUGCAGAGAAAGGUUUGAGGUCUCUUGCAGUUGCUUAUCAGGAAGUUCCAGAGAAAAGCAGCAAAAGCCCCGGAGGACCAUGGAAGUUCUGUGGUUUGUUACCACUGUUUGAUCCUCCAAGGCAUGACAGUGGUGAAACCAUCCUUAGAGCUCUUAACCUUGGAGUUUGUGUUAAGAUGAUCACCGGUGAUCAGUUAGCGAUAGCAAAGGAGACAGGAAGACGUCUUGGUAUGGGAACCAACAUGUAUCCUUCUUCCUCUUUGCUAGGCCACAAAAACAAUGAUGAGCAUCAAGCCAUUCCAGUGGAUGAGCUAAUUGAAAUGGCUGAUGGAUUUGCUGGAGUGUUCCCUGAACACAAGUAUGAGAUUGUAAAGAUUUUGCAAGAAAAGAAGCAUGUGGUUGGAAUGACCGGAGAUGGUGUGAAUGAUGCUCCUGCUCUCAAAAAAGCUGACAUUGGAAUAGCUGUAGCAGAUGCAACAGAUGCUGCAAGAAGUUCUGCUGAUAUAGUACUAACUGAGCCUGGCUUAAGUGUAAUAAUCAGUGCUGUCUUGACUAGCAGAGCCAUUUUCCAGCGGAUGAAGAACUAUACAGUAUAUGCAGUCUCAAUCACCAUAAGAAUAGUGCUUGGCUUUACACUUUUAGCAUUGAUAUGGGAAUAUGACUUUCCCCCUUUCAUGGUUCUGAUCAUUGCAAUACUCAAUGAUGGUAGGACCAUCAUGACUAUCUCUAAAGAUAGAGUUAGGCCAUCUCCUACACCGGAAAGUUGGAAACUAAACCAGAUAUUUGCGACUGGUAUUGUCAUUGGAACAUACCUAGCACUGGUCACCGUCCUAUUCUACUGGCUCAUUGUCUCCACCACCUUCUUCGAGAAACACUUCCAUGUCAAAUCAAUCUGUAACAACAGUGAACAAGUCUCAUCCGCAGUGUAUCUCCAAGUGAGCAUCAUAAGCCAAGCACUUAUAUUCGUAACACGUAGCCGAAGCUGGUCAUUUCUAGAACGUCCAGGGACUCUCUUGAUCUUUGCUUUCCUUGUUGCUCAACUUGCAGCUACAUUAAUUGCAGUCUAUGCAAAUAUCAGCUUUGCUAACAUCACAGGCAUUGGAUGGGGAUGGGCAGGUGUUAUAUGGUUAUACAGUCUGAUAUUUUACAUACCUCUAGAUAUUAUAAAGUUCGUCUUCCAUUACGCUUUGAGUGGAGAUGCUUGGAACCUCGUAUUAGACCGUAAGACAGCGUUUACUUAUAAGAAAGAUGAUGGAACGGCCAAUGUGACCAUCAAUCAGAGAAGUCAUUCAGCAGAAGAACUCAGUGGAAGUCAUUCUCGACCUUCUUGGAUCGCUGAACAAACCAGAAGGCGUGCAGAAAUCGCCAGGUUCAAGGAGGAGUAA